AGCACAGCAGGCUAAGGAGCUAGCUCCUCACACAUUACAACGGACCUUAUAAUAACAAGAGCAGGAGUAAUGGACUUGCUCAAUGGGAGGUUAUGCAUUGCACAUUGUUAUUUAUGGCCGAAGCUAAAGUCAGUGUUUGGUAACUACGCAGCUAAGUUCUGAGCAGGAUAGUUAGCAUCGCAUCCAGCUCAGUCAUGCAACUCCAGAUGAAGGUUACACCGCUGCUGGAGCUCUGCAGACCUCCUGCAGUCUGCUUCCUACCAGAAGGCCUCGUGACCCCCCGUGAAGGCUUGGCGACCCCUAGUGGGGGUCAGGACCUCCAGGUUGGGAUACAGUGGCCUAUAAGCAAGCCAUCCAUGAAGUGAACUGUCGCCUGGAAAUGGAAAUGGGAAGGUUUUCAUUACACCGAAAACAACUAUAGCACGGGAUACCAUAACAGUGGUCACCAAUGGCAACCAAAGAGGGCAAACAGUGGUGGGAUCCGUAUGAAACAUCUAAUAGAAGACAAUUCGUCUACCGGCCAAACUCAGCUGCAGAGAUUCUGCUGUGCCCAACGUCAACUUCAUUUAUAGAUUCUCAUUCACAGUCAGGACCUUUUGGUUCAACUGUGUACAACAAGGAUUUUUGCUGGAAGCCGGCCUGUAAACCUGAAUGCAUUCGCACGGGAACCACCUCGGGACAGAGGAGAAACAACCCGCAUCCCAGCCAGUCUUUCAUGAUGUGGAGGCUGCCCAGGGACGCCGCACGAAGCUCGGAGUAUGUCGGCUUUCAGUGUCCCCCGUCUGAGGGGGAGAUCUGUAAGGCCUUGACAGCACAGUACAGCUCCGUCUACAGAUGUGACUACAUGGGUACGUCUCAAGGACAUGAUCAUAAUAAUAAUAAUGCAGAAAGAAGACUUGCACCUCUGCACAGGAGGCGUGAAAUGCCGCUUUCUACAGAUACAGAGAUGACGGACAAUUAUCGCAAGCCAAACCAAAAGCCUGAACUGCUGGGCAACUACUCUCACUACAGCUGCACAGAUCCUAACGUGGCCUGUCGUGGUAUAGUUCCAACUGUUGUGCAAAGGCACACUCAGCAGAAAAGAUCCGAUUUGACAAACUACGACAGGUUUUGUGGAAAGAGAGUCACUGAUGUCGCACGUGUGAUAAAGUCCCUGCUGCCCCAGGAGCUGCAGCAGUUACACAGAUUUUUACCCGAGGAGGAAAAGGAGGCUAUAAAAAUAGUUUUGAGCAAAGAUGCUUAUCCAAACAACAGCGAGAACGUGAAUAAACUCCCAGCAGUUGUGCUUCACCCCCGCUCGCCAGAGUGGAUAUCAAGCUGGCCGGGACCUCUCUGAACUUUAUUGCUUAUGUUCAUCUGUCUUUGUAUAUUGUUUGUCAUUUCUUUCCAUAGUAGGGGGAAAAAACAGCAAUAAAUAAUACAAUAUAAUGUAAUAUAUUGUAAAUUAAGUGUCUUUCAGGAUUGAUUUGCUGUGUCAUUUUUUUGUGUGGAAAUCGUGUGUCGUGAUAAUUAAACAUCUCUGCCUGAUGAAGA